CCUAACAUAAAUAAAUUGCACGAUGAAAUACUUUUUACUUUUCAUGUUAAUGAUAAACUUUAAAAUAAGUUUAUGUCAUAUAACACAUUACUUAAAGUGCUCGCAUUCUCGUUAUUUUUUAAAUUUUUUUAACCAUAAUGAAAGAUUUUUGUUACAAUUUGAAAAAAAUAAAGAACAAUUAACAAUAGAAAAUCUUAUGAACUAUGGCAAAGCACUUCAAACACAUGGUAAAGUAAUUAUGAUAUUUUUGGAGGACUUGAUAUACAAUAAUUCUAAAAAGUUUCCUUAUACAUUAAUCACGGUAAAUAUGUACUUAAAUAAUAUUUCUGGCUCAUUAAAUAUGAUUGCUAAAAUUGAUGAUGAUGAAAAAAAUGAUGCUCAAAAAUUAUUAGAAGGAUAUAAGAUUAUACAUUUUGCAGUUAAAGAACAACUAACCAGUUACAUAAAUGGGUAUUGUUUUAAAGUACCGUUUCAGGAAAAUAAGGUUAUUUGCAAUCCACCAAUCAAUGAAAAUAAAUAUAAUAUUACUGAUCUAAUAAAAAUAAACAACGAUCUCAUAGAAAAAAUACUGACCCAAUUUAAGUUAACAUUAAUACAGAAUUCAUACGAACGUUUUCAUCCAAAAAAUAUUUUGUUUUACGAUAUAAUGACCUUGCAGAUUCUGACCGACAAGAACAAUAGUAUAAAAAUAGAUAAUAGUCAACACAUAGAAUUAAAUCUACUGCGAUUCACACGACUUAACUUUAAAUGCACUAAUGGUACUCAUUUAACUAUACAAGAUAUAUUUGAGUAUAUGAAAUAUGAUUUUACUUCUAAGGAUGUUUUAGCAUACAUAAUUACGGUAAUUGGGGCUACGUUUCGACCAAUAGCCAUUCUUCUUCGCAACUAUUUAACCUUAAUUCAAGUUGCAUCCUUAGAAUAUUCAGAUAGUGUAAAAUUUUGGGUAAAAAAAUCAAUAAUUAAAAUGGGUCAACAAAUAAUGAAAUAUAUAAUAGAUAUUAUUUCUCUAUCCAUGUACGAUAAUAAACGGCCAUAUAUGCAAAACAUAAUUUUAAAUGGAUUUAUUAAUACUUUAAAUAAUUAUAUUGCAAGUAAUAAAUUAUCUGAAAUUGAUAUUAAUCAUAAUAAUAUAUUAAAAAGAGUACUUUUGAAUUUCUUCAUUAACAGUAAACUGUACUUUACAAGUGAUAUAGUUCUAACUAACAAAAAAAUGACUGCAAAUAAUGCUGAUGCCAUAAUAACUGAAUUAGAAAAAAUUAUGGAAAUAGUUGAAAUAUAUAUAAGCGAUUUGAAAAAAUGGAAUGAAUAUUUUAAUUUUAUUGUAAAAAGUUUUAAUAUUCGAUCUUAUAAUGUUUCAAAUUUUAAAAAUUUUAUUGGUUUUAAAGUUUUAGACCGUAUUUGUAAUACUGAAUCACAUUCCGAAAUAUACAAUGCUAGUAUGAAUGAUAAUAACAAAAUUGAUAUAGGAUAUUAUGAAGACAAAAAGGACGUGAAUGAUGGUAAUAUCGAGUUUAACUUAGAGAAUCUAAAAGAUAAAGAUGAUGAAAAUAAUAUCGAUGCAAAUGACUCCUUUGAACAUCAAUCAAAUUAUAAACCUCUUUAUAUGAUUGAUUAUUGGCCAUACAAUUUGUAAAUUGAUAUGAUUAAAAUUUUUUUUAAUUUAAGUGUUUCUUUGAACGUUAGCUAAUUAAUAUUUCUUAUAAUAAUAAUCCUUUAAAACAA